GGUAACUAAAUGACCAUGGAAUCUGGAGCAGAGAACCAGCAGAGUGGAGAUGCAGCUGUAACAGAAGCUGAAAACCAACAAAUGACAGUUCAAGCCCAGCCACAGAUUGCCACAUUAGCCCAGGUAUCUAUGCCAGCAGCUCAUGCAACAUCAUCUGCUCCCACCGUAACUUUAGUACAGCUGCCCAAUGGGCAGACAGUUCAAGUCCAUGGAGUUAUUCAGGCCGCCCAGCCAUCAGUUAUUCAGUCUCCGCAAGUCCAGACAGUUCAGAUUUCAACUAUUGCAGAAAGUGAAGAUUCACAGGAAUCAGUGGAUAGUGUAACUGAUUCCCAGAAACGAAGGGAAAUUCUUUCAAGGAGGCCUUCCUACAGGAAAAUUUUGAAUGACUUAUCUUCUGAUACACCAGGAGUGCCAAGGAUUGAAGAAGAGAAGUCUGAAGAGGAGACUUCAGCACCUGCCAUCACCACUGUAACGGUGCCAACUCCGAUUUACCAAACUAGCAGUGGACAGUAUAUUGCCAUUACCCAGGGAGGAGCUAUACAACUGGCUAACAAUGGUACCGAUGGGGUACAGGGCCUGCAAACAUUAACCAUGACCAAUGCAGCUGCCACUCAGCCUGGUACUACCAUUCUACAGUAUGCACAGACCACGGAUGGACAGCAGAUCUUAGUGCCCAGCAACCAAGUUGUUGUUCAAGCUGCCUCUGGAGAUGUACAAACAUACCAGAUUCGCACAGCACCCACUAGCACUAUUGCCCCUGGAGUUGUUAUGGCAUCCUCCCCAGCACUUCCUACACAGCCUGCUGAAGAAGCAGCACGAAAGAGAGAGGUUCGUCUAAUGAAGAACAGGGAAGCAGCACGAGAGUGUCGUAGAAAGAAGAAAGAAUAUGUAAAAUGUUUAGAAAACCGAGUGGCGGUGCUUGAAAACCAAAACAAGACACUGAUUGAGGAGCUAAAAGCACUUAAGGACCUUUACUGCCACAAAUCAGAUUAAUUUGAGAUUUAAAUUUUCAUCUGUUAAGGUGGAAAAUGGACUGGCUUCGCCACAAUCAGAAAGACAAAAUAAACAUUUUAUUUUCUAAACAUUUCUGUUUUUCUAUGCGCAAAACUGCCUGAAAGCAACUACAGAAUUUCAUUCAUUUGUGCUUUUGCAUUAAACUGUGAAUGUUCCAACACCUGCCUCCACUUCUACCCUCAAGAAAUUUUCAGCGCCAGGAAUCAUGAAGAUACUUCUGCUUUUCAACCCCCACCCUCCUCAAGAAGUAAUAAUCUGUUUACUUGUAAAUUGAUGGGGGAAAUAAGGAAAAGAAAACCUUUUUAAAAAUGAUUUCAAGGUUUGCGCUGAGCUCCUUGAUUGCCUUAGGGACAGAAUUACCCAGCCUCUAGAGCUGAAGUAAUGUGUGGGCCGCAUGCAUAAAGUAAGUAAGGUGCAAUGAAGAAGUGUUGAUUGCCAAAUUGACAUGUUUUCUUUCACAUUUUCAUUGUGAUUAUGUAAAAUUGUUGAGUUACACCGUCUAAAAAAGAAUUUUAGUAUGGUGUUGAAGAAAUUAGGAAAGAAUUCGGAGUGCUUUCUGUGUACAUUUAGCUUCUUCAAUACUGAAAAUUUAUCUUUGAUUCCUAAAAUCAUUCUGUAUUAACUACAGCUCUUCCAUAGGGCAGUUGUUGCUUCUUAAUUCAGUUCUGUAUGUGUUCAACUUUUUUGAAUACAUGAAAAGAAGUAACCAACUGAAUGAAAAAGCAUGGUAUUUGAAUUUUAAAUUAAAGUACAAAGCUUAUUUUAAUUAGUACUAAAUUCUUGGUAAAAAGAUGCUGAUUAGUAAACCAACCCCUUGAGUUAUAUAACAAGGUUUUUAAAUAAAUGUUUUUGCCCUUGCCUUCAGAAAUACUUAUAUUGUCACUCAUUUACUUAAAAAGAUAUUUAAUUUACUGUUGCCCUUUGCACUUACAUUGUACCACCAAUGGAAAGCCUUCAGGAUGUUAAAUAAAGCAACUUGAUACUUGUUUAUGAAACGUUAUAUGUUGUAGAAAAAUACUGACUUUAAAUCUUUUUCAUAUUAACAUACUUUAACAGAAUCUCUAUUGGAUUUUCUAAAUGAAAGAAGUAAGGAUAUGGCUCUAAAAAGUACAGUGUUAGAGUGUACAAGGAAUUUUCUUCAAACAUAUUUGAAUGACUGCUGUACUACAGUAUUUGGAUUGUCAUUCUUGCAAAACAGUUUUCUAAAAAGAGUAAUUUUGCUUUAGCUUUCCAAUAUGCUAUAUAGCCUCUGUCAUUUUAUAAAGGAGCUACCUAUUUUAACUCCUGAUUAUAACAGUCUACAUUUGUGUGUAUUAUACAUUGUUUCUAAUACUACUUUUAAUUACUAAUUGCUCCUUUUAUUCCUUAAGCGUGAUCUAAAUGUUAC